CGCCGUUCUGACAGUUUAAGGUUACUUUUUGUCUUUCCUGGCUAAACAGAAAAAUGUCGGAGACUGCUCCAGUUGCUCCUACUGUUCCCGCACCUACAGAGAAAACACCUGUUAAGAAGAAGACGAAGAAAACGGGCGCAGCUGCUGGAAAACGCAAGGCGUCCGGGCCCCCGGUGUCCGAGCUCAUCACCAAGGCUGUCGCCGCCUCCAAAGAGCGCAGCGGCGUGUCCUUGGCCGCGCUGAAGAAAGCGCUGGCGGUCGCUGGUUAUGACGUGGAGAAGAACAACAGCCGCAUCAAGUUGGGUCUCAAGAACUUGGUGAGCAAGGGCACCCUGGUGCAGACCAAGGGCACUGGCGCCUCAGGUUCCUUCAGGCUCAACAAAAAGGCGGCCACCGGGGAAACCAAGCCCAAGGCUAAGAAGGCGGGUACGGCCAAGCCCAAGAAGGUUGCUGGGGCAGCUAAGAAACCCAAGAAGGCCACGGGCGCGGCCACCCCCAAGAAAGCCGCUAAGAAGACCCCCAAGAAAGCCAAGAAGCCGGGGGUGGCUGCUGGGGCCAAGAAAGUGGCUAAGAGCCCGAAAAAGGCGAAGGCAGCCAAGCCGAAGAAGGCGGCUAAGAGUCCGGCCAAGGCCAAAGCCCCCAAACCCAAGGCCGCCAAGCCUAAAGCUGCCAAGCCCAAGGCUACAAAGGCCAAGAAGGCGGUCUCCAAGAAGUAAAUGGGUAGCGGGACGUCCUACUUUGAAAAUCUCAAAGGCUCUUUUCAGAGCCACCCACUAAUUUCAGGUAAAGAGCUUAACCGGAUACGUGUCUCCGUAGGUAAUACAACAAGCCUUGUAAUAAGGUAAUUCUUUUUUAAACUUAAGCAAUUUUUUUAAACUUGCCGCCCUAAUGUGAUUGGCUGUGCGUCAGGGUGCGCGCGCACCGCCACGUUCAGAACUAUCCGAAUGUUGUGAUCACAGUCCUCUAAGGAGAGUUUAGUGGCUCUCAAAAGAGCCUUUGCGGCAGAUUCACUUGCCCUUGGCCCUGUGGUGGCUCUCGGUCUUCUUAGGCAGCAGGACGCCGCCCUGAAAGAUGGUGACUUUGCCCAGCAGCUUGUUAAGCUCCUCGUCGCUGCGGAUGGCCAGCUGCCGGUGACGCGGGAUGAUGCGCGGGCCGCGUUGCCCGCCAGCUCCAGGAUCUCGGCCGUCAGGUACUCCAGCACCGCCGCCAGGUACACCGGCGCGCCGGCCCCGACCCGCUCGGCAUAGUUACCUUUGCGAAGCAGGCCGUGGACUCGGCCCACGGGGAACUGGAGCCCGCCCCGCGAGGAGCGAGUCUUGGCCUUUGCUCGCGCUUUACCGCCCUGUUUCCCUCGUCCAGACAUGUUAGGAAAGAAAUACUGCAGCUUGAGGAAGAGGUUAUUAUAGUCUCUGGAUGUUUCUAAAAUUUCCAUUCCCAUUGGUUUGUAGAGGCUACUCAGAGAGUUAGCCAAUCAGAACGCAGUUCUGGAGUUACUUGCAUGGGCUCCAGGAGAAAAUACUGCACCAAUUAGAGGUUGAGAUAUUGACUUGUACUGAUACAUAGUUUGAAGCAGUUGAAAAGCUUGGAUUAUUCCGCUUGAUGAAUGUAGUCCUAUUUGGGGGAAGUAUUCAUGCUAUUGUUAUUCUGCCUAAAACUGCAUAAUGUUGCUACCACCCUGACACCAAGGGAUAGUAAAAAAGUAAGCUACCCCUGGCGGUUUAUAAUUUACCCUUUUCUUUGCCAGAUUUUUUCCCCCUCAGAUGUUGACAAGACCCAGGGAGCUGGGUAGGUGGUCUAAUAUCUUUUGGUGAAUAGGCAACAAACAGGGAGGCAGAAACAAAUAAAAACCGUUGAUAAAGGCAACGAGAUUGCUUAGAGAGCUCCUGGAGCUUGAGUAACCAGGGCAAAAUAAAUGGCUCUAGGAAGAUGGUUGACCUGAUAUUACAUCAUUUCCCCUUCAUCCCUGUUUUUGUUGUUAUUUUAAUUUCUGGGGAAGGCCACUCGAGUUUACUGGCAAAUCUUGACCAAAAUCUGAGUUCUGCAGACCAUUAGGGGGUUGUAAACAUGGAUGGGGAAAAAUUACAUCUUUAUUUUACCAAAUUCUAAAUGCAACUGAGCAUUUCCUUCAAGUAUAUCUGUAGGCAGCUAAUCACAAUGGAUUAUGCAGUGCCUCUGACUUUUUCAACAGUGGCCAUCACAGAUGUUUUUGGAUCACUUUGAAGAUGUGGCAGAUAUCUUGAAAUAAAAUUUACCUAUUCCUUGAAACUGA